GGGGGUGUUGCCCAUCUCCAACCUCAUUUCGCAUCGUUCCGUGGAGGCUGGGGUAGCGGGGGAGGCGGCCGGCGAUCCCCGGCGAUUCGCCUUUCUCGGCAGCGAUCCCCCGGCGAUUUCAUCUUCCUUGUUGGCGAUCUGUCCGUGCACUCGCGCGAUGACAUCACAUGUGCCGAGGAGUUGCUAUGAUGAGCAAAAUGAUAACAGUGGGAAUGUUGCUGAAUCCGGCAACGACACUGAUGAUGAAGUUUUUGAGGACGUUGCAAAUGGAGGAGCCCAUGGUCAUCAUGAUACAGAUGUAGAUAUAGGAUCACUUGAUGAUGAAGCUCUUUUUGGCAUUCUUAAGAAGAUAGUGUGUGUAUCAGUUAGGAAGCUAAUAUCCGCCACAAGUGAACCUCCUGAUAGCAGCAAAGAGAGCCUCCUAUGGUGCUGCUGGUUGUGGGAACCCCAAGAGUGUUCGUGUCCGUGGUCCUCCAACGAAGACUAUCACCCAGCUGAACGUUUCUUACUUCUCCAAAGUCCUCGAUGCAUUGAAAAAGGAAAAGAGGGAAAUCAUUCAGUCUUAUGGAUUUGGGUCUCUCUUAUUGUUUGAUAAAUGUUGCAUACCGCUCCCUUUUGCCCGCUGGGUAGUAGAUCACAUCCAAGUCAGCAGCUCAGCUAUUGUAGUCAAGGUGUUUAUAAACUGAGAAGAAGGCUUUCCAUAUCAUCUGCUAGCGGCAAUAAUGAAAAUGUUGUGUGUAAUAUAGCCGGACGCACUCGGUCACGCUGAACAUCCCUCUCACCCGACAUAUUAGCAACUGUUUCUAAUCAAGUUGACUUUGUGGAUAAUCCCGAGGCUAUUCUAAGGAAAAAGAGGGUCAGGUGGUUUGCUUCAUGUUCGCAAGAUCAAGCUGAUCCUACCUUUGGCAGUCAUUCAGAUGAUGCCAAUGAGGCUAGUGCCAUUGGAGAUCUUCACACCACCAACAGUUCGCAGCCUCAUCCCCCAUUGCUAACGUAAGAGAUGCCUAUAAGGCAUUGCAGCGUGUUAUAAACAAUAUGAAUACUGAAGCUCAAGAUAGAUGUGCCGAUGAGACAAUCCAAGGCCAACCACCGCAUGUACCAAAUGACGAUGAAUUUCUCCAAAUGGGUCAGCAACAACUUCCAGAUAUUCUCCAACAUGGCGCCCCCACCUCAUUACUUGCUUCAGAAGCAUGCCAACAAAAGAGUGCCAGUUUUGACCAUAUAUUUUCAGGCUCUGCACUGCCCAAUAAUAGAAUAAUAUCUAUUGACCAGCCAUCCGAGGGCAACAAAAAUGGGACCCCCUUGGGAUUAGCUCAUGCUUCAAUUGGUGUUACUCAAGGAUGUUCAUCACAAACUAUUACUCCUAAGAGACAGAAGACACAACAUAGCAGUAUGAAUAGUGAAGCUCAAGACAGAUGUGCUGAUGAGACAACCCAAGGGCACCCCCUCCACGUACCAAAUGAAGAUGAACUUACCAAAAUGGGCCAGCAACAACUUCCGGAUGCUCUCUCACAUGAAAAGAGUGCCAGCUUUGACCAUAUGUUAGGCUCAGGAAUGCCCAAUGAUAGGAUAACACCUAUUGAUCAGCCAUCUCUAUUUCUGUACAAGGUUAACAAAAAUGGGACCCCCUUGGGAUCAACUCAUCCUUCAAUUGGUGUUACUGUAAGGGGGAAUAUGAUGAACCCCUCGGUUCCUGUCUCAUUGAACCCUAGUCGUUGGGAUGAUUCUGCCCCAUCUUUUCGCCUUAUAGAAGAGUUUGAUGACUAUGGCAAUUACAUCGAUGAUCCACGUAAGAGAAGACAAGUUGGCUUACCAUGUGAUGGGAAAACCAUAUACGAUGAUCCUACAUGUUUGGAAUCUAUUAAUGUGAGCUCCCAAGAAUCACCUGAUGUAUGUGUCACUGGACAUAAAGCUAUUGUUGCUUCCCCUGAAGUCCAGAUAACUAGAGAAAAGAGCUUCAACACUGCCUGCAAUACUAUGCUAUAUGAGGUCAAUCAGAGAUAUAAUAAUGAAUCAGAUAUGUCAUGCUUCCAGAAAUGCCAACGCAUUGGCUUUAAUUUGGGGAGCUCAUCAGCAGGCAAAAGAUCACGUCGUCCUAGACGUAUCGCUCAGCCCAAUUCAUACUUCCGUAAUUUCCAAGUCAAUGUUUGUAAUGCAAAGUUCACCACAUCCGUUCUAGGAAAAUUGGCAUAUGAUUGUCUCAUGUUUUACUCAUCCAUACCAGACUACUCUAGCAAGGAACUUAUCAACUAUGAUAAUGUUCGUGUUACAUUCGGAGAGCUGGGGAGAUCAUUGAGUCGCAGCAACAAGAAAUCCGUGCAUAUUCAUGUGAUAAAUGCAUUUUGUCGGAAGCUAUUCAAGGACAAACACCCCAAGGAUUCGCACAAACAUUACUUCUUUUCUCCCAUUGGUGAUUAUCUCAUGAACCAUGAAGGCAAACAAUCUUACAUGUUUGAGAAAUGUGGGAAGUGCUUCAGGCUUGCCAAUGGAAGUUUUAAUUUUGUAGAAUCAGAUUAUCUUUUUUUCCCAAUAUUCCAUGAAGAUCAUUGGUUUCUCUUCAUAGUUGCUCUUCAGGAUGGAUAUUUUGUGUUCUUAGAUUCUUUCUUUGAUGAAUAUGACAUGUACCAAAAGGAAGCCCGAAGCCUAGUUAUACUAAACUUCUUAAGAGCAUGGGAUCAAUUUAUUGGUAUAGAUUGGAACUUUGAUGAAUUUGUGAUUCAUCAUGCUCCUGUCCCAAAACAAAAAACGAAACAAGACACAAAAUAAGACCUGAGAUUUUUUUUCAAAAUAUGAUGAUGGGAUUUUCGUCAUGAAAUAUAUGGAGAUCUGGGAUCCUUGUGUCAACAUGAUGGUUCAGUUUUCUUCAAGCAACAUUAAUGACAUCAGAAUUCAGUAUGUCAGUAGCAUGGUUUUUAGUCAGCACAAUAGCUGUCAUCAUGGGAAGGCCACAAUCAACAAUCACAAAGCAAUGGUGGAGUUGAAGGAAAGAGCAGGUCUUCAAUCAGCAAGCUCUAUGAUUUUCUAGUAUCACUAGGAUUUUUUUUCUAGUAUUACUUACAACUAGAUGUUGAACAUGCACCCUUCUACAAUAGAGGUCCCAGUCCUAGCAAUGAAGAUUUGAAAGGAGAGGAAGCUUGAUGAUACCGGGGGCUUGUUCCAACAAGUAGAAGUUAGGGUUUUGUGAACUAUAUGUUCUAUCAUGUACCUCCCAAAAUGAUCAUAUGUGAUCUCUUUUAAAGAAAAACAGACACGUGUCUUUUGGUGGAUGAAUAAUUUUCUUGUUUCUA